AUGCCUCAGAAAGAAGUUUGUCCCCGUGGGUACCAGCAGGUCUCUUCGACCUCCCAACAAGAUGCCUUCGUGGACUUGCGGAGUAGCUCCAGCAGCAAGACUGCCUUUGACUUUCGUUUCGAAACUAUUCGUCAGAACCUCUUCCGGGUGACCUUCACCUCCCCCGAGCACCACCUCCCGCCGUUCCCUAGCGUUAAGAAGCCCGAGGUCAAUCUUCAGGGUGUCAAUGUCUUCGCGAAGAAUGAGGGUAGCUCGAAAACCAUCGACGUCGGCGGCGUCACUGCAAAGGUUGAGUGGGAACACACGCCCGUUGUCUCGCUCUCCUGGACCGGAUCCGACAAGCCUCUCCACCAAGAUCUGCCGUUCCGCUCUUAUGUCGCCGACUCCACCGGUAUUGCGAGCUACUCGGUUCACGAUCGAAACGCUUUGCACGUCGGACUCGGCGAGAAGAGUGCUCCAAUGGACCUGAGUGGCCGCACCUUCCAGCUCUCUGCCACCGAUUGCUUCGGCUACGAUGUCUACAACUCCGAUCCUCUCUACAAGCAUAUCCCGCUCUUGAUCAAGGCUACGCCCGAGGGAUGUGUAGCUCUCUUCUCAACAACACAUGGCCGGGGUUCGUGGUCUGUCGGAUCAGAGAUUGAUGGUCUUUGGGGUCACUUCAAGGUGUACCGCCAAGACUACGGUGGUCUGGAGCAAUAUAUGCUUGUUGGCAAGAACAUUCAAGAUGUGGUUCGGUCAUACGCCGAGUUAGUGGGCUUCCCUAUCCUGGUCCCGCGCUGGGCCUACGGUUAUAUCUCCGGUGGAUACAAGUACUCGAGCCUGGACUCGCCACCUGCACACCAAGCUCUGGUUGAGUUCGCGGAGAAGUUGGAGGAGCAUGGAAUACCCGUUUCGGCGCAUCAGAUGAGCUCGGGAUACUCUAUUGCUGCAGUCGAGCCAAAGGUCCGCAAUGUCUUCAACUGGAACUACAGCCGCUUCCCCAACCCAGCGGAAUACGUUGCCAAAAUGCACGAGCAUGGUAUUCGACUCAUUACCAACAUAAAGCCUUUCCUCUUGGAGUCUCACCCUGACUUCCAGCGUCUUAUUGAUUCUCGUGGCUUCUUCACAGACCCUGAUACCAACAAGCCUGGCUACAUGCGCCUGUGGAGCUCGGGUGGUGCUACUGGCGGUGAUGGCUGCCACAUUGAUUUUACUUCCGAAGAUGCUUUCAAGUUCUGGUACAAUGGAGUUCAGAGCCUGAAGAAAGUCGGCGUUGAUGGCAUGUGGAACGACAACAAUGAGUACACUCUGCCUAAUGACGAUUGGACUCUAGCAUUGGACGAUGCUAUGGUUGAUGCCGGCGCAAAGAAAGCCGUCCCAAACAACGUGGGAGAAUGGGGUCGCGCUCUACACACUGAGCUGAUGGGCAAGUCUUCUCACGACGCUCUUCUCGACAUGGAGCCCCAGUACCGCCCCUUUGUCCUCACCCGCAGCGCCACUGCCGGUACCAUGCGCUACUCCGCUAGUACCUGGAGCGGAGACAAUGUUACAAGUUGGGAAAGUAUGAAGGGCGCCAAUGCGCUCUCGCUCAAUGCUGGAAUGUCCCUCUUGCAGUGUGAAGGUCACGAUAUCGGUGGAUUUGAAGGUCCCCAGCCCUCGCCUGAACUUCUACUUCGCUGGAUCCAGCUGGGUUGCCACUCUCCCCGAUUCGCGAUCAAUUGUUUCAAGACUUCUCCCGAUAACAAUGAGGUUGGCGACGUUAUCGAGCCUUUCAUGUACCCUGAGAUCACCCCGCUCGUCCGCGAUACUAUCAAGCGCCGCUACGAAAUGCUGCCAUACAUCUACUCAUUGGGACUGGAGAGCCAUAUGAAGGCGACCCCACCACAGCGCUGGGUUGGCUGGGGCUACGAGUCUGAUCCCGAGGUAUGGACCAAGGCACUGAAGGCUGGUGAGGAGCAGUUCUGGUUCGGUGAUUCUCUCCUCGUCGGCGGUGUCUACAAAGCUGGACUCGACACUGCGGAUGUUUACCUGCCCCGCAAGUCUGGGGACGCUUUUGACUACGGCUAUGUCAAUAUGAAUGCGCCGUACAACUACUUUGCUUCGGGCCAGUGGGCUUCCAUCCAGUCCGAGUGGAAGGAUAGCGUCCCUCUCAUUGCCCGCGUUGGUGGAGCCAUUCCUGUCGGAAAGAGUGUGCACACUCGUGUCCCUGGUGAUAAUACCGCCGCCUCGCAGGGCGUCAAGGAAUUGGAUGACUACCGUGGUGUUGAAGUCUUCCCGCCAAAGGGUACCUCGCAUGAGCGUGUCUUUGAGAAUGUUUGGUAUGAGGAUGAUGGCAUUUCACAGAAGCCUCAGACCGCCACCUAUACUCUGCGCUACAGCUCUACCGAGGAGAAGGUCUUGGUAGACUUUGUUCGCGACGAGAAGAGCGGCUUUGCUCCCGCUUGGAAGGAGCUGGACAUUAUUCUGCACAACGGUGAUUCUCGCCGUGUGGUUUCUAGCUCUGGGCAGGAGGCUUCGCUUAAGGGCACUGACUCGCGCGGUCGUGUGGUGUAUACCCUCAAGGCUUGA